CACGGUCUUUCGUGAGACGUUUCUUAGAAGUCAAGCAUCCACGGUACCUUCUGCACACACAUUUCAAACAUAUGGUGCAUGACAGAGAAAGUAAACAAAGAUCUUCGAUCUGAUUUCUGUCCAUCAGUUUUCAAUUGGGAGAAAGAUGUCAUCUGAUAAUCAUACAGAUUUUCAAAUAAUAAACAGUGAAGACAACAAUACUAAAAUUUUCAAGAAUAAGGAUAGUAUGAAUAUAAACCAAACAGAUGAUAUUUCAUUAAAAGAGUCAAUAUCACAGGCCAGUGAAGGAGGUGAAAGUAACGUGACGUUUGAGUACUUGCCAGCAGAUAAUUUAACCGCUGUGUCAUUCUCAGAUGCUUCUAUCCAAAUUCCUGUUUUACCAUCCAACAUUCAUGUAGAUGAAUCUGGUGUUGUUUACUUUAAUGUGGUUGCCCAGCAGGAUCAGUUGUUACCAUCUGAAGACAAUCAACCAAAACAUGAGCUAGGUACAAUCAGUGAAAAUGAAAAGGGAAUUAUCUUAGAUAAAGAUGAUAUUGACGCUACUCAACAAAGCAGUAUAGAUGCAACCGUGAGUGGCGAUGAUCCCAGUCAACUGCACGUUUGUCCUCGCUGCAAGGCGUUUUUCGCCACAAGCACUUAUUUGAAAGCACACAUGAAGCGGAAAUGUAUUCGAUCAAAGAAUGAAAACAAUCAAUUCGAAUGCCAGUAUUGUCCGGCAUCAUUUAAACAGCGUUUUCAACUAAACAGACACAUGAUGCAACAUACCGGUGAACGCCCUUUCAAGUGCGACAAAUGCGAGAAAACAUUUUUAACGAAGUCUCAUUUGAAGAGACACGCUAUAAUCCACAUCCCAAAAGAUCAACUUGAACAUAAGUGUGACCGUUGCGAUAAAGUGUUUGCGUGGGCGUCGGCUCUAAACGCCCAUAUAAAGUCGCAUACUGGCGAGAAACGUUUCAAAUGUGGUAUAUGUGGGCGUAUGUUUCUGCAUUUGAACAGUCUACGAAGUCAUAUGUCAAACAGACACACAGUAAAUGGUAAAUUUAUUUGUGUCGUAUGUAAGGAAUGUUUCGAUGAACCAACCAAUCUCAUUCUUCACAUGAAAACACACAACGAACAAGAGUCAGUCAAGUGUGAAAGGUGUUACGCUUUUUUUGCCUCGCUUAACGAUCUCGAGACGCAUAUUUGUAAAAACUUUGGCGGGAAACCGUUAAUAUGUCACGUGUGCAAAUUGGAGUUUCCAGACACUAGCCAAUAUUGCGCCCACGAUUGCAUGCAGCUGAAUACAAACAGAACUUGUGGGUGUUGUCAAAAAGUUUUAAAAAGUUUGUGGCAUUUAAGAGAACAUCUGAUAACACAUACUGGUGAAAAACCGUUCAAGUGUGUACAGUGCCUUAAUACCUUUCGUCGUAAAAGGGAAUUAGAAAUUCACAUGACGCGUCACAGUGAAGAGCGGCCAUUUCGUUGUACGUACUGCACGUUGACAUUUUCGAGCGACAACUAUUUGAAACAACACAUGAGGAAAGAGCAUCGCGAAAAGAAGUUCAUCUGUGAGAUCUGUAAACAUGCGUUUAUGCAUAAAUGCGCGCUGACCAAUCACAUGAGCUUUCAUCUUCGAACAGGCAAUAAAAAUUACGGGAAGAAGUAUCAUCGCGACGAUGGUCUAUUGGUGGAAGAGUUAGUUAAAGAACGUCUGGAAACAACCGCAGCUGCCAAUAAAAAUGACUUAAGACAAAAAGAAAAGCAUGGUCUAAAUGUUUCAAGUAGCAACAUAGCCACAGCCAGCAAUCAAAUUAAUUUUAUGACGUCUUCAGACACACCGAUAGUUAAUAAUCAGAAUAAAUUUGAGUCGGACAUGGCGGCGGAUUUGAUGAACGCUGAUGCAGGCCCUAUCGGCGUCGCAUCGGAUCAAAUGAACGUGGAUGUUGAGUCGGACGAUGGCGACGAGUUUUCUAAGGAAGUAAUAAAGCCGAAGAUUGACUUACGAAACGCUGAACAGGAUCCGUCGAAUAUAACGACGCUUUAUCAAACCGAUUCCAACGGCGAAAUGAUCAUACGUUGUGCGUCGUGUUUAAAAAUAUUCGACAGCCAUAGUAGCUUACUCCGUCACAGAAAAGAAUUCCACAAUGACGGUAAGCGAUAUCAAUGCGAUUUCUGUUCGCGAACGUUUUCAGUAGCAGCUAACUUGAGUCAACACCGUCAUAUUCACAACAUCAAGCGGAAAUACAGUUGUCGACAUUGUGGAAAGAACUAUAGAGUUACUCACAAGUUACGCGAGCAUUUGAGAAUAAAACACGGUGAGAGCACGACUGACUUGACCGAUCUCGAACUACAAAUAAGAAAUUCGUCGCAUGACGCAAGUAAUGUUCUGUCGUCGACUUUAGGCGACGAUUUGAUGAAUCAUGGCGAUUUUAUAACGACAGGUAUAAGUAGUCAGGGAGGGACGCCAGUUGAAGUGUAUCAUAUUGACAACGUAGACACAUCAUCAUCGGAUGCAUUGACACCUGGCGUAAAUCCGUCUAUGAUACAAAGUAUUCGUUCGCACGUCGACACACAUGCGUCUCAGCCGGAAAACAUCACGCAACCACAAAUAACUCCACAGGAAAAGAACUUAUUAUCCAAUAUCGUAUUCGUCGACUCGAAUGGCGGUAAAUCUGCUGGUAUAUCGCCAGACCAACUCUCUAAAAGAGGCGAUGUGACAUUUCUGAUGAAUUUAAGCUCGCUUAUCACUGAGUUGGGAGAAGGUAUUGGAAAUCAAAGAGUGAUUGUUCAAGAAGGUGAAUCACGCACAUGAUGAGAAGAAAGCUUGUAGAUAGUUUUUGAGUCAGUGGAAGAAAUUUCGUAUUCAA